UUCGGCUACGACCUUCUUGUUUGCUGCUUAUCAACGCGCGUGACGUGCGUCAACGAUUCCAAUGCGAAAACGAGGCAGUUUGCACGUAUUAUUCUCUGAGGACGACGAUGUCGGGCAGCAGCGAUUCCGAGGAGUUUUUCGACGCGGAGGACGAUUCGUUUCAUCGUUCAUCGCGAAAAGUUAAACGUGAUUCCAUCAGUGCGGAAAGCCAUGCUGAUAAAACGCUGCAAGUAUGCAAACAGGAGGAUGAUCAUGUCUUUGUAAAACCAGCUGAACCAAAGAGUCGUGAUUCCAUAGACUGUGAACAAAAUAAAGAAAAACUAGAUGAGAAUGGUAAAGAAUCCACCACAGACAAGAUUGUAGGCAGAAGAAGAUUUCGUGAACUUCGACAACGUAUGCAAACGGAAGAUGAUGACAUUCCGAUUAACAGUUCUCCUCCGGAUAGCCAGACAUCUUCCAUCGAGGGUGUUUAUCCUACUCCUUCAAAAACGACCCAUCCGUUCAGAAUUAUAGAGCAUGACACCCUUAGCUUACAAAGUAUGACCUCUUUAGGACGAGUGGGCCGAAUUCUGGCGGGAGUCGCAGAUAACGCUUCUGGCGUACUUGUAUCUGGUAUAUCCCAGUGCCCUCCUCCUGCCGCCCUUACCCGCGAGGGUCAGAUGUCCUCCAUUGCUAGUAUUCCGAGCAAAGACGAGGACACAACCUCUGGUAAGGUGUCCCAAUCUUCCAGUAUCCUUACGUUAUCAGGGGAUGUCCUGCAGGAAUCCUCUGUUAACAGUACAUCCAAUUAUACUUCUCACUCGCAAAGUGACAAGACUAUUAUGCUUCAAGAACCUGAUGUCAUCGCUAGCACAAAAAAUAAUGGAAAAUCAGUGGAAGAUGUUGCGAUGCCUGGUGUCCCUGUUGCUCCACCGCGUCGUAAAAAGAAAAUUAAGACACACGCAUCGAGCGAUCUUGCUCCCUCUGCAGAAGUGCUUGUUUCCGCGUCGCCACUUCCAAGUCCAGCAAGUACCAUAGAAUCGAUUACGAGAGAAUUCGAGCACUCUCUUGAUAUCCGAUCUGCGACGAAAGGCCAGUACGUCGUUAAGCCACAAGAUGAAGAUAAAUUGAAAGCAGAAGGUCCAUCUACUGAGGAACUAGAAAGAGUAGAAAGAAUGAAAGCAGAAUUACUUAAUCGAUCAAGUGAAAAAUCUAGCAGUCCAUUAGGAUCAACAUCAAGCAAUAGUAUUGGCCGUUAUUCUCUAGGUCUACAUAAACUCUCAGGCAUGAGUCCACAAGGUUCCAAAGAAAGGCGUAAAUCUGCUGGUGAUCAAGAUAUGGUCAAGCAACUAAAUAUGUUUGUAAGGACUAGGACAGAUUCUGGCAAGCGGCUUACCGAUAUGGAAAUCCUGGAACAAGUGCCUGUGACGAAUUUAGAUACGGGAGAGCAGGUGCCAUUAAGUAUAGCAGAAGAUAAAUUACCACAAUGUAUCAAUCCUUUGUCAUUACAUAUUAUGAGACUUACUAAAUCCAAGUACAUAAGCAAUUCUAGUCUCGAGAAGGAAAAAGAGAGCGAUGAGGAAAGCGUGGACAGUAAAAUGUCUAGUAUACCGCCAGAUGAAGAUGUAUCUGUAGAUAGAGUUCGUAAACGGACGCAAAAAUUGAAACGAUUCCUAGGAUCGACUGUAAAAAAGACCAUGGACAAAGCCAAAUCGAUCGCGCAAGAAGUAUCACAUGCGAGACAUAAGGAAGAUGUCAUGGAUAUAGUAGACGAAGUCUAUCCUGGUGAACAGCAGUAUAUAAAAUUAAAGGCAUCAAAUAGUCACAAAGGUCCGUAUGAAUUCAGUUGUCUGCAGCACGUUCAAGAUCUUAGUGGGGAACACGUAGGACCUGUUUGGUGCAUGAAGUUUUCAGCCUGCGGUCGAUUGUUGGCCACUGCAGGACAAGAUCGUGUUCUAAGGAUUUGGGUUCUACGAGACGCCUUUACGUAUUUUCAAGACAUGCGAACCAAAUAUAAUGCGGAAAAAGUCAGUCCUACUCCUUCACAGGAAUCGUUAGUUUCGCAGCAAUCUAUGGAAGAUCCUAACAUCGUGGCUAGUGCCUUCAGCGAGAUAGAAGGAACGAAAAGUCCAUUCAUGCCAAAGCCAUUUUGCACAUAUACCGGUCAUACCUCAGAUCUACUUGACGUCUCAUGGUCUAAAAACUAUUUCGUUUUAUCUUCAUCGAUGGAUAAAACUGUACGACUUUGGCAUAUAUCUCGUAAGGAAUGCUUAUGUUGCUUUCAACAUAUCGACUUUGUCACCGCCAUAGUAUUUCAUCCGCGGGACGACCGAUACUUUCUCUCAGGAUCGCUGGAUGGUAAAUUACGUUUAUGGAAUAUUCCAGAUAAAAAGGUUGCGGUAUGGAACGAAGUGGACGGACAAACAAAGUUGAUUACUGCGGCAAACUUUUGUCAGAACGGAAAAUUUGCGGUUGUGGGAUCAUAUGAUGGUCGUUGCAUAUUUUAUAAUACCGAUCAAUUGAAAUACCAUACUCAAAUACAUGUCCGAUCAACAAGAGGAAAAAAUUCCACUGGCCGUAAGAUCAGUGGAAUCGAGCCAAUGCCGGGAGAAGACAAGAUAUUGGUCACAUCGAAUGACAGUCGCAUUCGUCUGUACGAUUUGAGAGAUUUGAAUUUGUCUUGCAAAUAUAAGGGAUACGUUAACAUCAGUAGUCAAAUUAAAGCAAGUUUCAGCCCAGAUGGACAAUAUAUAGUUAGCGGUUCUGAAAACCAGUGCAUUUAUAUCUGGAAAACCCAUCAUGAUUAUUCCAAAUUUUCUAGCGUUCGUAGGGAUCGAAAUGAUUUCUGGGAGGGCAUAAAGGCGCACAAUGCUGUAGUAACGUGUGCCGUAUUCGCACCAAAUCCAGAUAGUAUUAUCAAGCAAAUCGAAGCGAGAGAACAAUGGGAGAACAAAGAGGAGUCGAAAGGCAUGGAUAGCUCUAACAUAGAUGGGGUUCCUGUUGAUCCUGUCGUUGAACAACGCACUAAAGGCUGCGGAGGCCACGUCCUCGUGAGCGCUGAUUUUAAUGGGUGUAUAAAGGUUUUUUUAAACAAGACAAAACCAAAGCACAGCUCCCUACCGGCAUCUGCACUCGUGUAACGUAAUGCCAUCUAUGAAUCUACGCAGAAAUUGUAUCAAUCAAGAACAAAAAUGUACAUACGAGUGAAUUUUUCGUGCGUGCGAACGCUUCGUUCGUCUAGCGCAAGUUUUGCUAUAGGCUUGUCUCAAUAUCAGACUUGUAUACAAACUUUUUUUUAACGCCACGUACAAGUAUUAUUGUAUC